AUAUAAAAAUGAAACCCGUUUUCCGUUGUCACGACAUAACAUGAAAACGGCUUGACCGAUUUGGCUGGUUUUUUUUUGUAGUUUUCUAAUACUCUGUACAAGGUUCUUACGGAAAAAAAUAUAAAGAAAAUCCCAAGGGGAUAAAAUAAGGAAUGAAAGUUUGUAUGAAACUUUAUCAAUUUUAAACCGAUCGGGCUGAGACUUUGCAUGCAGGUAUAAGAAGAAUCAUAGAUGAAUGUCAUUGUGUAUAAUACAAGCCUGAGAACAAAAACUGUAGUCUACACUUCAGCUCUACACCGAAGCGAAGCGAGGGCGGGCCGCUAGUCUUUUAUAUAAACAGAAGACAGAAAAAUAGGCUGCCAUUGAAAACUUUUUCCUCAGACAAAGAAUAAUGAGAAAAGUACAUACCUGUCAAAAUCUGAAAUGUCACAGGAAAUGAACUCAAACUGCAAACGGUGUGUUUCAUAAUAAACAUUUAUAUUUUUUAAGUAUUUUUAAAGCACAUAAAUAAGUUUUCUAAGUGAAUUUGUUUGUUGUAAUAAAGUAGCUGUUAUUUGUUACAAUUACGAGUAUACAUGGCAAGAAAUCUGACAAGGAGACACAAUCGCCGGUUUUGAAGGUUUUCAAGGACAUCAUGCAAAGAGAAAACGAUCCUGAGAAAGUGAAUCUGCUGAAAGAAAAACAAGACAGAAAGAAAAGACAGUACUCCGGGUCUAGAACAAAGACGGAACAGAGAACGCAGAGACCUCAGGACUCAAGUAGCUCAGAGCAUCACAAACGAAAUGUUCAAUACAAAGAAAAUGUAAACAAUCACAAGAAUAAAGAAUACGCACAGUACAGAACGCAGAGCAUACCAUUUCAAGACGAGAAGAAGGAGAGCUAUUUGUUUUGGGGGAAUGAAACUGACAAGAAAAAACAAGAGGAUACAUCUUCCUGUGUGUCUUGCGCGUUGAAGAAGAUUGUGAGCUCGGAGUACACGUGCGUCGCCUGCUUGGGCGUGCUGUUCCUUCUGACUGUUUUGGUGGCUUUUUGUAUGGUCUUCAAGACUGUGCCAACGAUCAGUACUAGUGAUAAGGUUCUCUCUAAAAAGCCUUCCAAUGGACCAACUGGUAGUGGUGUGCAGAAAAAAGCUGCUAUAUUAACCGGAGGCAGGUAUGACGACAGUCGUCUUGGGAUUGGCUUAGACGAUCGGCAAGCAUGGGACAGACAUUUCAGCGGAUUAGCAGGCCUUGCUGGCAAUGGUUACGCAGGCGACAGUUACCGUGAUCUGACUGAAGAAAUAGGCUUGAAGUCUGACAACCAGCUUUCUUCUAUAUUGGACAUUAACAAGAUCAAUGCAGGCAGCGAGAAGUUACGGGAUUUCUACAAAAAACUUGUGAAGACUGAGGAAGAGAUACGCAACCUAAAGAUUAAUAAUAAUAAUGACAUUUCAUCCACCUAUUUGGAAAAUGACAAAUUCAACUUUCUCACUGAUAGGAGGAAACGGUCGUUCAGACUUAAUCACUCAAGGGUGCUACGGUCUGCCGAUAAAAUGCUUCGAUCCAGCACAGAAGCCAGAUUCAAUGGAAGCAAUUUCAAUUUAUAUUUUCCACCGCUCGUAAAUUCUUCAGCUGCGAUCCCAAAGGUCAAGAGAUUCGCCAACGGUACUGAUGAGCCGACUGGCUAUGUCAUUGAAAAGAAACAAAUUGUAGUUCAAUAUAAACCGAACAAUAAUGUGAGGAAGGUGCCUAAAUGUUCACACGUGCCAAAGGAAUCGAAAUCACACGAAAAACAAAUGAAACACCCGUUCUAUAAGAAUACGCAAAGACUUGAUGAAUUAUUAGAUCAGCUUUUAGAUAAGAACUUACCUGAACUUAUGGCCGAUCCUUUUGAAGUCGAUACUCUAUUUAAAGAUAACAAAGAGAAGCUUGGUGAAAGACUCAAUAAUCCCUUGGAAAUGCAAAUGACUAAAAUGAAAGGUGAUAGAGAUGAAGUAAAUAAAGAACGUUUAGAACCGAUCAAGACUGACGGAGAAUUGGACAGGGAUCUUGAUAACUUUAUUACGCCCACUAAAAAGAAAUCAAAAGUGACAACACCCACGUCGCCUUAUUAUGAUGUAUUGCUAAGCGUCUCAACUAUUGUGAAUCCAGCUCUAAAGAAAGAUGAAAAGAAAUCUGCUUCUUUAAAUAAUUUACAAAGUGCAGUACACUUGCGAAAACUGCUACAAACUAAGGAAGAUUAUGAAGAAGGAUUAGGUUAUGAAGACCUCAAUGAAGUUCUUGCUGAUGAAAUCGAGACUCGGGAUGAGAAAGAAGAAGGUAAAGAAAGGAGGAAGAGGAUGGAGGAAUAUCCAAUGAGUUUACCAACUACGCACCCGUAUCCUGCACAUCCAUCACUGGGAUUGCACAAUCAAAACUGGAAAGGACCAAUGCCUCUAUAUCCGGAUGAAUUGAUUUCUAUGAUAAAACAAGCAGCCAUUCAAAAUCUCCAUGCACUUCAUUUAAAUAAAAUAAAAGUACCUGAAUCUAAAGAAACUGCUGAGGUGUUAGAAGAUAGUGACCUUAACGAUAUGGAAUAUAUAGAAAAUUACGCAGAUCAUAAGAAUGAGAGGUUAGCGAAAAUGGCUCAAGCUUAUAGUGACUACGGGGUUCUUACUGAUAAAAAAGCGUCUUUAAGGAAAGAAAUUGAAAAGAAUCGAGAAGGCACUAUGAAACCUAAGCCUAUAAAAAAAUCGAUAAGUAAAAAAAAAUCGUGGAAGCAUAAAUUCUUUGAUAGAUUUAAAAAAGGUACAUCGGAAGGAUUUCGUUUUGAAAUAAAGCCAUCAGAGGUAUCCACAAUAGAGCCCAAUUUAGAUAUACUAAAAUCUUUGAGCAAUCAUGUCAAGUUUGUAAAUAAUGACGCAAAAUUGACUAAGCCUUUAGCGGGUGUGACGUCAUCUUUACUACCAGUAAGCCCUGACUUUGCGCUAUUCAGUACUGUCCAUGGAAAAGGCAGUUUCGAAUCAGAGACUAAAACGCUCAGUAAAAAUAAUGGCGAAGACGAGAGCAGUUUGUCAGUUCACUACAAUAAAGUGAAAUCGAGGACUUUACUAUCAACAGAUGAAACAAAAGAUGUAGAAAAUAAAGAUUUGAUACGUCAACAAAAUAAAGCAAAUGAAACAAAAGAAAAGGAAAAUGAAUCCAAUACGUCUGAUUUCCUAAAAGCGGUACUUGAUAUCAACAUCGACAAUAUAAAAAAGAGUAAACAAAGCCAUAGCACAAAUUUAAGUGAUUUUUUUAUGACGGUGUCUAAUUGGUUUACUGAACUAGCUGCUCUUGGUGUAGAUAGCAAAACAAUAAAAAAUAACUCGAGUGUAAUGCAAUUUGUUCCGACAAGACUAGUAAGAUCUGAAGAAACAUUUGAUAAAAAUAAACCUACUGAUAAUUUAUAUCCCAGUUAUAAUUCUAAUAUGAUUGAAAAUAUAGGACACAGAUCAAGAGUACUUAUGUCAAUUGAUGAUUUGAAACAAAACACUGCUAGUUAUGAUACAACAGGUUUAAAAAAUGAGAAUGACAGAAUUAGCUAUCAACAAGAUGUGAAUAAUGUUUUAAAAUUAACAACAGUCAUUAUAAGCACAAUUGUUGAUACGACCACACAGAGUUUACCAAGUAUUGAUGAUUUUGUCAUAACCACUUCUAUUGGAAGUAAGCCAACAGUUGCUGACAAUAAAACAUUCGCCAAAAGGAAUGCGAAUGCUGAUAGCAAUUUGAUUUUCUGGAAUGAUAUAUACGACGAUGAGUAUGGAGUCAAUUUGGACCCUGUAGACAAUACCAUGAAAGCUAAACAACCCAACACCAGAGGUUUAGACCUCGUGAAGAAAUCUAGUAACUGGAUUCACGAAAAAGUAAUGAACAUCGCUAACAACAUUCGAGGUGAAAAAGGCACCAUUAAAAGUUCAACACGUAAAAGAUCAAUGCAUUCGCCCCAGCACUGUGGAUCUGGUGGUUAUCCAAAAUAUAAACAGAAGCGUUUUCGAAAGAGGAGUGUAAAUGAAGAAGAAGAAACCAAGGACGAGUUUAACAGUUUCGAGAAAUUAACGCAAAAAAUGAAAAAGGUCUGUAAGGAAGCAGCGAAAGCAGUUCAACAGACGAAAAAUGUUAAAGUUCGCCAGAAUGACAAAGAUGACGAACUAAGCACGUCUCUCAUGCAGCAGCUGAUUCAUUUAAUGUCAGAUGUGAUAGACUUCCAAGUGCAGCAAAAGACUUGUUUGAGAUUGCCACCAGACCUCCAGGACUUUUUGGAUUGGCUGACGUCAGCGGAUUCGGAGAACAUGGAAACUAGAUCUUAUAGAAUGGACACUCAUGACGAAGAUAUUGCUCUACCAUCUUACCCGCCGUCGUCGAGUGAGAGGGAAGAUAUCCAUGCUGACACCAGGUCAGACUGCUUGGGCACCAUUCGUGCUGUUGAAGAUCUGAUGCAGCAGUACGAAGAGAUGAGUGAAGAUGACAAGAGCAAAAUGACAGGCGUUAAGGAGUAUCUAGAAAACCAACUCCAGUACCUACAUAAGCAGUUUGCCAACUAUGACGAUUACAAAUCGCCGUAUUUAUAUCAAGAUAAAUACAAUCCACUCAGAUACAAAAGAUACGCUUCAGAUAAUCACAAAAGAAAUAUACAUAACAAAUAUAGAAACAGCUCAAACAUAAAACAGAAAAGACGUCGUAAAAGAAAAUUUCUUAAAAACUUUGGCAGAAAACAUACAAAGAGUACAGUCAGCAUAUACGACGGCCUACCAACAGAAAUGCCAUUUAAAAACAAAGAAAAUUUAAAAGGAAAUGAAGUAGACAAAGACUGUAUUGAUAAAUCCAGAAGUAAAGAAACAGAAAAAAGGGUUUAUCCAGAAAAGAGAAAUCUAAAAGAUGUAUACUACAAAGCUUUGGCAGACGCUAAAAAAUUUACUACACCAAAGAAUGUACACCUAAAAGAAGAACUAGCUGGAUUCGAUAAUGCAAAAGUUGUAAGGAUAAAGAAAUGAUUCCUAAAGGAAUGAAACAUUUAGUAGCAACUCAAAAUACUGAUUCAUACAAUCAAUUGAGCGCUUUUAUAACCAAGCUCAAAUUUGCCAACCAAUUACUCUACGAUAGCUAAGUGUACAACUUUUGCAAUUAUUCAUUAAACGGUAAAGAGCUUUAUUUUCAGAUAGGUACUGAGCCAAAUUCUGUUAUAGUUCUAUCUAUAUUUAGUGCAACCGCGCCACUAAUCAUGUCUUUAUCAGAUGAAAAGGAGGGACUUCUUUUAAAUCUACUUUUAAGAGUGCCCACAGAUUGAGUCACUAAAUUACUAAUUAAAAUAGUGACCACUCUUGGCCGCGUUUAGUGUUUCUUUGCAUCUUCAAAAACCAUGAUUAGAAUGAUCUUAUCAAAUUUAGUUUUAGACUUAAAAACAUCGUUUUAGAAAAAAACCGAUUUGAUAUUUUAAAUGCGCAGAUAUUAUACCUACUUCUUUGAUAAUCAUAUUUAAUUGAAACCUUUUAUAAUGUUGUCGAAGGUUGAUAAGGCUCAUAUUAGAAUGAACCGCACCACUAGACAUAUUAUUGAGAUUAUUCACGUCGUGACCCGCGGGACGAUUUUGGUUCGAGAGUGUUUGUGACAAUAACUUCAUAAGCUGCUAAUGGUAUAUCUAUUGGUACUAAACGAAACCUUGUAACUAAUGGUAUAUCUAUUGGUACUAAAUAAAACCUUGUAAUUUUUAAUCGUUGUUGCUACUUUAAAGUUUAGUUUUAGAUGCUUGUAUUUUUAGUGAGGAUGUAAUAUGUAUGUUGAACAAUAAAUGAGUUAUGUAUUUA